GCAGUUUCUUCCGCCUCAUGCGGGCGUCGCUGUGGAGCGUCGACUUGCGUGAGCAUCUCGUCUACGCGUGCCACCCACAGCAUCCUGCUCCUCGUCCGCGCACACGGGCACGCGCCUCUGUCCUUCCAAGCGGUGUGUAUGUGUGCACGUCAACCAUCUGCAGGAAGUCACGUGAUCUAAGUCACGUGAUGGCGUCUCCGGGCCUGGCGGACCUGUCUCGUCUCUACCAGACAGAGUUCGUGCGUAGUGCGCGUGCGGUGGGCGUGCUGUGGGCCGUGUGCACGCUGUGCUUCGCGGUCAUCCAGGUGGUCGUCCUGGUGCAGCCGUCAUGGAUCGGAACUUCAGACUCCCACCACCAGAGAGUGGGGUCGGCUCCACCCAGCGGGACCCUGGGCUUAUUUGAGGUGUGCCUGGAGUCGGACCGUCCUGUUCCAGACUGUCGCGGUCGUCUGUCCAGCCUGUCCCCUCUGCCUUCCUUCCAGUCGGUGGCGGUCCUGGUGGGCGUGUCCCUGUGGGCGGUGUGGACCAGCGUGUUGUGUCUUUGCCUCUUCCGCUUCUGCAGUGCCGCCACCGUGUACAAGAUCUGUGCCUGGCUGCAGCUCACUGCAGGAUUCUGCUUGGCGCUGGCGUGUCUCCUGUUUCCUGACUCGUGGGAGAGCCCGGAGAUGAGAGUUCUGUGCGGAGACUCGGUUGGCAGCUUCUCGUCCGGGAACUGCUCGGUCCACUGGGCCUACAUCCUGGCCAUCCUGGGUGUGUUGGACGCCGCCAUCUUGGCCACGUUGGCCUUUGUGCUCGCCAACAGACAAGACGCUCUCCUGCCGCCACUCAGCAAGGAAGUGACCACAGGACUGCUGAUGUCAGCUUAGACGUCAUGUGACUCUCCUUCUGCUCUUCAACAAGUUGUCUUCCUCAUCCUGACGCUCCGAUAGCCUACGCUUAGCAUAGCAUAGUUAGCAUCAACCUCAUGAAGCAAGGCUACGAGCUAAUGUCAAAAUCCUCGACCUUUGAACAUUGUGUCCAGGGUUGCCAUGUAAACAAAUAAAACGUCUUGAAAUACUGUC